AUGGCCGCGCCCGACCCGGUUUCCCCUGUGGAAGCCGCUGUGCGUGCGGCUUGCUUUGCGCGCACUCCGCACCGUACAGUGCAGGCAGUGGCUGCUGCGGUGGUUUCGGCCUUGUCUCGCCAGACCCCCGCAGUGGUAGCGCCGCGGACUGCGCACGUGGAGCAGUCUAAGGACUCCGGGUGCCCAAUCCGUGGUCUCAGCGCAAGAGGAGAAGCGGACGGCCAGGGCGGACAAACGCCGACGCAAGCGGCAGCGCAGAGCUGCGAAGGCAGCAGCAGCAAGGAGAAGGACGAGGCAAGUGCAGCUGGAGCAGAGGGAGUUUCGGAAGCCGGUGCCAUGGCAGCGUGCGAUGCAGCGUCACUCGUGGCAGCUGCCAUUCGCGCCGCCUGCGAUGCUCGUGCGCCCAGACGGACGGUUGCCGCUGUGGCAGCUGCAGCUGUGGCGGCCGUUUAUCGGCCUGCUGCGGUGGCGGCUGCGACGCGGCAACCAUCCAGGGCACGCGAGCAUGCUCCCACCACUGGUGGUGACGGAGGUGAAAGGGAGGAGGAGCGUCGGGAGGCCGUUCGGGUCAAACGACGCUUGAAGCGCCAGAAGAAGCGUGCAGCCAAGGCAGCGGCUGCCACUGACAAGGCCAUGGAGGAGACGACGUACACUGCACAGGCUGGACAGGCUGGGGACGCUGGUUCUGCUGACGGUGCGGUCACGACCCCAAGGAGGAGUACGGCACAGAACGUUUUCGUGAAGGGCCACACAGGACUCACGCCUCCGUGCAAGAGACACUGUGCUGUCCCGACUGAAGCGGCUGGCCUGGGGGACACCCAGGUGGAGAACGAGAGUGUUGAUGGUGAUGGUUCAGGCAGCGCCUACAUCGUGGAGACGCUGUUCGGCGAUGGGCCCUCCGCCCUCCAGUUGACCUCGAAGGUGGUGCAUGUGAAUUUGUUUGGUGGGGACGUGUGCAUCUCCUUCUGGGAGUUGGUGGCGCCAGGUGUCCAACCGUCUCGUCUUUGGUGCGUUUUCGAGUUGGCAGCCUACAAGAAGGUCAAUCCGUGUGGCAUCAUCAGUUUCCGACCGCUCUUCGUCGAAAGGGUCCUGGUGAUAUUGCUGCUCUCUGGUGCAAGCUUUGGCCUCUGCUUCGUUUUGGUAAGGUCGGGUAGUGGUGGAGCCUCCAUGGCCUACGUGGGCUAUGCGCUCUUCGUCAUUCCUUACGGCGUUGCUGCAGUUCUCCUCAGGAGAAACUUCCGGGAGAAGCACAUGCUGCGCCAGGAGCUGGAAACUUUUGACCUUAGCAAGGUGUCUUGCGCAAAGGAGUUCGACCGAAAGUUCAUUCUUGCCGCGAUCGAGAAGUGGUACGGAAGCCAGGAAGCCUUCACUGAGUAUGUGCAGACCGAGCUGCGUCAGCAGCUGGAGCCUCUCCUGGCCACCAGCCGCUUCCCUACGCCAUAUGUCCUUCUGGUUUUCGCGUCCUUGAUCACCGCCAGCCUCGAAUUCUUUCUAGCUCUGUGGAAGGGUGGUGCCCCACCUGCAUGUUUGGUGUCCUUUGCCGUCGGGAUCCUCGUGGGCGUCGACAUCUUCCUGGUUGGUGCCUUGAUCGUUUUUUUCUCGCACAUCUGCGAUCGUCUCGCACCGCAGCGCUUGGGAAGAUUCGACCACCUGCAGACCUUUUUGGCCAUGCUGCUUCUCACGGUGGUCUUUGGCAUUGGCAGUUCCAUGGGGACUGUUGCCUACAGCUCCAGCCUGGAACAUGGCUUUCUCUUU